GCUGGCAAGUCUGGCAACGGUGAAGUGUCAAACAAAAAAUCAAAACAAAAAACCCAACAUCUGCCAAAGGAAGUGGCAGGAGUCUGCAAGAAGUGCCUGUUUUGGUGCAAAUUGGCUUUUCUGGCGACAAUUUCCUUGUAAUGGAGGCGGUGGUGUAGAGGAGAUGGGUUUCGAAAUCAACCGGUUCCAGGGCGAGGUCGACGAGGAGCUGAUCUGCCCCAUUUGUUCCGGGGUGCUGGAGGACCCAUUGCAAGCCCCUGAAUGCGAGCAUGUAUUUUGCAAAGCCUGCAUCACCCAGUGGAUAUCCAGGCAGCCGACUUGUCCAGUAGACAGGCAGACUCUCACCACAGCGCAACUGACCCAAGUGCCGCGAAUUUUAAGAAAUCUACUAUCGAGGCUGAACAUCAAUUGCGACAAUGUGCGCUUUGGUUGCACCAGGAUAACCAACCUGGAAGGGCUGGCCGCCCACCUGGAAGACUGUGAUCAUAAUCCUAAGAGGCCGGUCCUUUGUGAGCAGGGCUGCGCCCUGGUUAUUCCCAAGGACGAGCUGAAGGACCACAACUGCAUCAAAGAGCUGCGGACGCUCAUCCAGAAGCAGCAGCAGAAAAUGAACGAGUACCAGCACGAGUUUCACGACUUGCGGCUGCUGAUCAUUGAGCAGCGGCGGGACAUGCAGUUGUUAAAGGAAUUUAUGCGGGCCCUCAAAGUCUCCAACCCCUCUAUGAGGGCGAUAGCGGAUGCCAUGGACCGGGACCAGCAGGAUAGAGAGGUGUUGCGAUGGAGCAGUUCGCUCCAGCGAGCCCGAGUCACCAGAUGGGGCGGCAUGAUCUCUACGCCCGACGAAGCUCUACAGAGAAUGAUCAAGCGCACGCUAACCGAAAUGGGCUGUCCCUUUCACAUUCUGGACGAUUUAAUGGAGAAUUGCCACGAAUGCCGAUGGCCGCCUGGUUUGUGCUCGCUGGAAACGCGCCAGAACAACCGAAGACAGUAUGAGAACUACGUGUGCAAGCGGGUGCCAGGCAAGCAGGCUGUUCUAGUGCUGCAGUGCGAUAAUCAGCACAUGGGUGACGACAUGAUGUUCGAGCCAGGCCUGGUCAUGAUUUUUGCGCACGGGGUCGAAUAGUCCCCGCCCGCCGACUGUUACAUUCCUACUUACUAAUAGUACUUUAAUCAUAAACUCCUUGAAAAUGGCGCGGUUUUGGUUUGCGUUCAGAUCGUUUAUAUCGGGGGUUUUCCUGCUGAUUUUCGGUUGGUUUUACAGCUUUAGUGUGGUUUUCCUGUGCUGAAACCGUGCGUAGUGUGGUGUGGUCCGCUGGAGACGGCAGAAGUGUAUAGUGCGCUAGUCACGCGAUCGUUGUUUGCGGUCAAUCGCAAGCAAUCAACGGUCCGUUUUGUCGGUCGGGGAUGAUGGAAAGAUGGCCCACUUCGCCGAUCAACAAAAAUGUUAAAUGUGAUGUUCGAUUGCAAUGAAUUCGCCUCUACUAAGUGGUAGAUUUAAUUAAGCUGAAAUGGCCUGGACGAACCAGGGCAAGUGUUUAAGGAAUGUUCGUGGAACCGUCCAGGUGGUUUGCGCUAGUUUUUUUUAUAUUACUACUAUUUGUGCUGAAUAAAUUAACUUUUUAAGUA